AUGACACCAUUCUUAGAAUCAGUUUGUCAUAAUAAUAAUAAAAUUUUUCAUUUUCUCAUUGAUCAAGGAUCUAAUAUUAAUGCGCAAACCGAUGAUGGACAAUCUUCGAUAAUUCUUGCUUCAUUAGGGAAUUUCACAAAUUAUAUUGAAAUUCUUCAUGAACAUGGAUUGGAUCUUAAUCAUCAAGAUAAAUAUGGAAAUACUGCUCUUCAUUAUGCAUCCGAAUACAAUUAUAAGCAAACAGUAAUCUUAUUAUUGAAACUUGGAGCUAAAUAUGACAUUAUUAAUAAUAACGGCAUGACAGCAAUUCAAGUUGCCGAUUUUCAUAAUCAUUUCAAAAUCAAGAAAAUCAUAUCAAAAUUUAUUGAAUAA